AUGUCCCAUCUGCUAUCAGAUUGUGCGAAUCUGGGCAACACGCAAUUGUACUCAAAUCACCUCUCCCUCUACUUCGAUGUCCAUACCCAAUGUGCCCUAAUGUGUAAACAAAAGCCAGCCUCUCUGGCCCUAUUGCAUCAACGCAUCCAAAUGGCCAAAUCUGUAAAGCGCAUUCCCCUAGAAUACGACCUCCUCGACCUCAACAUCAAAGCCUUCGUAGAGUUCCGAGUCUUUCACACCAUUGCCCAAAUGCCAUUCUUGCAUCUCACUCAUUCCACCACGCUUAAAUAAAAGAAAACCACCUCCAUUCUAAUAGAUUAUGCCAAUCUCAGAGAGUGCUUUGGCAAGCGUCCCAAAUACCUCAUCCCCUUCCUCCAAGGACGCAUUCAAAUCGAACUCUACAUUAUAGAUGCCAAUCUUGUGCAAGAGGGUAAGGCUGCUCGCACCUAUGAAUUUUAUUACAAUUCAGAAUAAGCAACUGUGGGUGAAUAUAUUUCCUUGGAAUCCGAUGGAGUGUGCAUCUCAAUGUAACUAGAAGAAGAAUCAAUUUAAUUAUCCAUUAAAUCGCUUCAAAUCACACUCCCGACUGAAUUAACCACCAGUUUAAUAAAGCAAUCCCCCAAAUCCUCACCAAUCAUUGAUCCCUUCUUAUUCUCACCCAAAGUGAACACCUUCACUCCUCAAGUAGGUCCAAUCCAACCAAGAGCUCGUUUUUAAAGUCUCCAACUUGAAGACAUAGCAUAAACACCUAUUGAGGAAUGGACUGAAGAUUUACAGAAUCUGGAGUAGAUCAGAGGGAAUGUUGUUAACUUCGUAAAAACCCAACAUGGCAGCAGAUUGAUUUAGAAACACUUCACAACCUGCACUCAAAUGGAAUUAGAUCAAAUGCUAUAGGAAAUAGGAUCGCAUCUACCAGAUUUAAUGAUUGAUCCCUAUGCCAAUUACAUGUUUGGUAGUCUCAGUCAGAGUUGUGCUCCCCAUUAAAGAUUAUAUAUCUUAUAGACUAUUGGCAAUCGUCUUGUUGAUAUUGCAUGUGACAAGAAGGGAACUCAUGCCAUCUAGUCUCUAGUUUCAUUAAUCUCCUGCAAACAAGAGGAAUAAAUGGUUGAGAACAGCAUCAAAAAUAAUAUCAUCUCACUUACUCUUGACAGCCAAGGAACUCAUCUCAUCAAAAAGAUCAUUGCACGCUUCUCAGAAGAUCGACUCAACAACAUCUUUAAUAAAUUGAUGGACAGAUUCAUUUAGGUUGUCAAUCAUCAAUUUGGAUUAUGUGUGUUGAAAGAUCUCAUCACCAAAUUUAAGAACAAUUUAGAUAAAUCCACUGUCAUAAUCAAUAAAAUCAGGGAUCAUUUAGAUGAAAUUAUCUAAGAUCCCUUUGGAAAUUAUGGAGUCCAACAUGUUAUAGACGUCUAUGGAGAUCUUAAAUGUGCUUCCAUUAUUGAUAAAAUACUUCUUAAACUCAUACAGCUAUCCAUCCAUAAGUAUUCAUCCAAUGUUGUCGAAAAGUGCAUACUUGAAACAUCUCCCAAAACUCAAAAAAGGUUCAUCAAAUAACUUUCUUAAGACAUCAUCUGUUUGGAAUUAAUGAAAAACAAAUUCGGAACCUUUGUACUCCAAAAGGCAUUGUAAGAAGCUGACAAAUUAGCAGAAGCAGAUCUAUUGCAAUAAGCACUUUGUCGUAAUCUACCUUCCAUUUAUGCUUAAAAUAUUAGACAAAAAUGGAUCGAAUACUUAUCUAAGAAGUGA